UUAGCUCUAUUCGACAUAUCUGAUGAAAGCCUCUCAUCAGUUCCAGUUGAUGGCUUCUUCUUCCAACAUUCCAGAACUAAAGUAUGAUGUUUUCCUUAGUUUCAGAGGUGUGGACACCCGGAAUAAUUUCCCAAGCCAUCUUGCUGCAGCUUUGUGUCGUAAAAAGAUUCGAGCUUUCAUUGAUUACGAAUUCGACAGAGGAAAAGAAAUUUCACCAUCUCUAUUGAAGGCAAUUGAACAGUCAAAGAUUUCCGUUAUCAUUUUGUCAGAAAAUUAUGCCUCUUCCAGAUGGUGUUUAGAAGAACUUGCAAAGAUCCUUGACUGCAAACAAAUGUUUCGACAGAUGGUAAUACCAAUUUUCUAUCACGUUGAUCCAUCACAUGUAAGGAAUCAAACUGGAGCUUUUGGGGAUGCGUUUGCCGCACUCGAAAAGCGUUUUGAGGAGAGGUUAGAUGUGCUACAGAGAUGGAAGACUGCUUUGAAGGAAGUAGCUAAUCUCUCUGGUUGGACUGCAGAUAGCAAAAAGUGUGAAUCUGAACUUAUAGAAGAAACUAUUAUGGAUAUAUUAAAGAGACUAAACAAAAUAUCUCCAAGUGAUCAUAGUGACUUAAUUGGAGUAGAAUCUGCCAUCAAAGAAAUUGAGUCAUUAUUGAAAAUUGGGUCCAAUGAUGUUUGUAUUGUGGGGAUUUGGGGCCUUGGCGGAAUAGGCAAGACAUCUAUUAGUCGUGCAAUAUUCAACAAAUAUUUGAGCUAUUUUGAAGGUUCUUUCUUCGCUGAAAAUGUUAGGGAAGAAUUAGAUAAUCACAGGAGACUAACUGCCUUGCAUCAAAAACUUCUUUUCAAAAUAUUGGAGGAUAGAUAUGCCAAUAUAAGACUCACCCUCACAAAAGAAAGACUUGCCCGUAAGAAGGUUUUCAUUGUUUUUGAUGAUGUGAUUUCUUUAAACCAAAUAGAAAAUUUAAUUGGAGAUCCCAAAUGUUUUGGUUUAGGAAGUCGAAUUAUUAUAACAUCACGAGAUAAACAAGUUCUUAAUAAUUGUGGGACAGAUAAGAUAUACAAGCUUGAGGAAUUAGUUGAUUAUGAAGCUCUUCAGCUUUUCAACCGUUUUGCCUUCAAACAUAAUCGGUAUGCAAUUAAAGAGUACAAGGAGCUAUCAGAAAAGAUAAUAACAUAUGCUAAAGGUGUCCCAUUAGCUCUUAAAGUUUUAGGCUCUUCUCUAUCAGGAAAGACAAAGCAAGAAUGGGAAGGUGAAGUGAAUAAAUUAGAAAGAAGUCCUCCUAAGGAUAUCCAAGAUGUGUUGAAAAUAAGCUUCGACGGAUUAGAUUAUGAAGAGAAGGAAUUAUUCUUAGAUAUUGCAUGCAUCUUUAAGGGGGAGAAUAGAAAUCUUGUAAUAAGUGUCAUGGAUUCUUGUGGCUGCUCCACAGAGAUUGGGUUAAGUGUUCUCAUUGAUAAGUCCCUUAUUAUUGUAUCAAAUUAUAAGAUAACAAUGCAUGAUUUACUUGAAGAAAUGGGUAAAGAAAUUGUUCGACAAGAAUCUGUUGAAAAUCCUGGUAAACGUAGUCGUUUAUUUCACCAUAAAGAUAUAUAUCAUGUUUUGACAAGAAAUAAGGGGACUGAAGCAAUUAAAGGCAUAUGUCUAGAUGUGUCUCAAGUAGGAGAAAUACACUUAACUCCUCAUGCUUUUUCAAAGAUGCCAAACCUAAAAUAUCUCAAAGUCUAUAGCUCGCACUACGAAGAAGAUUUUAAUGAGUUGUAUGGAUUUCAAGAUGUGGAAUCUGUGUUCGCUGAGCUAAAGUACCUCUUUUGGCCUAGAUAUGCAUGGACAACAUUGCCUUUGAAAUUUCAUCUAGAAAACCUUGUUGCACUUGAGAUGCUUGAAAGCAACAUUGAGCAACUUUGGCCUGGGGUCCAGGUAUUUAUAUGUUAUUAUUUUGAUGAAAUUAAGGCACAUUGUGAAUUCAAGAUAUCAUAUAUGCUAAUUUCUAUGGUAAAUCUAAUUUGUUUAAUUUCUUUUUCAUUACAGAAUAUUGUAAAUUUAAAACGUAUUAACCUCAACUAUUUCGAGCAUUUACUCGAAUGUCCCAACCUUUCAUUGGCCAAAAAUCUUGAGACUCUAGAUUUAGAAGGUUGUACAAGUUUGACUGAGAUUCACUCAUCUAUUCAAUAUCUCAAUAAGCUUUCUACCUUAAAUUUGCGCUAUUGCACAAGCCUUUGUUGUAUUCCAUCAGCAAUUUGUUCAAAAUCUUUGCGAAAAGUUGUUUUCACUGAUUGCUCAAAUUUGGAUACGGUGCCAAGUCUGUCAUGUAAUGUUGAAGAGUUACGUUUAGAUGGAACUACAAUUAGAGAAUUGCUUUCGUCAAUCGAGAAUCUAUCUAAAUUAGUAACUUUGAGUCUUGGCAAUUGUACAAGGCUUGAGAGUCUUCCCAGCGGCAUUUGUAAGUUGAAGUCUCUUGAAUGUCUUAUUCUCUCUGGUUGUUUGAAACUUACUAGUUUUCCUGAAGAGAUAGGAAAUUUAGAAACAGAGAGUGUUAUAAGGUAUAUACCACCAACCAUAGUAUGUUUCGAAAACCUCAAAGAGGUCAUUUUGGAGGGACAUGAUGUUAAGGAAUGUCUGGGUUUGUUAUUGUCUUUUUUAUCAGGUGCACAAUUUCUCAGGUUUCUAAAUCUAUCUAAUUGUUGUAUCACUGAGUUACCCAACAGUCUUGGCCAAUUAACCUCACUAGAAUGUUUAGAGAUGAACUCAAACAAAUUUGACAGCAUACCGACAAGCAUCAUAAAUCUUUCUAAAUUGUCCCGGCUUGAUGUGUGCGGCUGUGAUGUGCUAAAAUCCUUACCAGAGCUUCCAUCAAGCGUUAAAUUUAUAAAAGCAGAGGAUUGUUAUUCCCUUGAAUUAUUGUCGGGUUUAUCAAUUUCAUGGUCAACUACAUGGGGACUUAAGACAGUUAAUUUCAGCAAUUGUUUUAAACUGGACCAGAGUGUCCUUGAAGACAUUGUGAAAUCUACUCUACAAAAUAUUCAGCGAAGUGCAACUGAAUCAUUUGGUUACAUACACGAUCCAAAUUGUUAUAUAUGUUUUCCUGGAAGUUCAAUUCCAGAUUGGUUUACCUUCCAAAGUAACGGAUCAUUUAUAGAGCUGCUACCGGGUUGUUUGAAUGGUGACCCAGUGGGUUUACUUUUCUGUAUUGUUAUAUCACCCCGAGACCAUCAUGAUGAGGUGAAAGACUUCAAUGUUAAAUAUGAGUUACAUCUAAAAUCAGAUGGUGGGCAAUAUGCGAAAAAGGCGGAGGGCUCUUGGUCCGUUUUGGCAACUCCAGACUCAGACCACAUAUUCUUGGGUUACAAAGCUUUUUGGUCCGCUCAAUUCUGUUCCAAUAGUGAAGUUUUGUUUCAAUUCUAUAUUGAAGAUUGGGAAGGUAGACCUCUUGAAUGUUACAAGGUGAAUGAGUGCGGCGUCCUGUUCUACCCUGAAGCUAGUGACGCAUCACACGCUAAAAGACAAAAGUUGGCCUGGGAAUGCAGAUUACAUAGGGAUUUGAAAUGGAGGGUUAGAGACGUUAGGACCCCUGGAAUUUUAGAUCGUCAGAAGUUGGUGGUCGAUGGUAGGAUACAGGCCCAUGAGAAUUGCGCAACUGUGCCUUGGAUGGGUCACCACCCGAGAACCCCAGGAGCCAGGCUGGUAGCUUAG